AUGGAGAUGGCUUCUCGUCCGAGUAUGUGCGUUCUUCUUUUCGCGGCGUUGCUCCUCCCUCUAGCCUGCACCGCGCAAGCUCCUGCGAUGUUCAUCUUUGGCGACUCGACAGUGGACGCCGGCAACAACAACUUCCUGCCAACGUAUGCUCGAGCGAAUCACCGCCCCUACGGCAUGAGCUUCCCGGGCGGCCUUCCCACUGGCAGAUUCACCAACGGCAAGACGGUCCCGGAUUUCAUAGCCCAGAACUUGGGUCUCCCUCUGGUGCCACCUUAUCGCGGGACGAGAUCCUACAGCCGGGGCGUCAACUUCGCGUCUGCUAGCUCCGGGAUCCUGCCCACCACUCGCCUCAACGGUGCUCUCGUCAUGGAUCAACAGCUUGACGACUUCGAAAGGGUGGCGGACGUUCUAUACGCCACGAUGGGGAAUCACGCUGCCUCGCAGUUUUUCGCCAAGUCCAUCUUCUACAUCAGCGUGGGGAACAACGACGUGAACAACUUCUUCCGGAGCAGCACGAACAAGAACAGGCUCACCUCCCUCCCGGCAGACUUCCAGGCGAACUUGCUGGCCAGGUUUGCGCAGCAGAUCACGCGGAUGCACAGCCGCGGCGCAAGGAAGUUCGUGAUCGUCGGGCUGUCGGCGGUAGGAUGCAUCCCCGUGAACCAGAAGAAUGGCCAGUGCGACGAGCACGCGAACGAGGUGUCGGUCAUGUUUAACGCUGCCCUGGACGAGAUGCUGGAUGGAUUGCGCAAGAGCCUGGACGGAGUGGCGAUUGUCAAGCCGGAUUACUAUGGCCUAAUGGUGGAGACGAUGAAGAACCCCAGCAAGUAUGGGUUUAGCAACACUGCUCGGGGGUGCUGCACAGGGAGUAUGUUUUGUGGGGUGAACGCUCCUGCUUGCCUUCGUCCGGAUAGCUACAUGUACUUUGAUGGUAUCCACCACACGCAGAGCCUUUAUAAGAUUGCGGCACAAAGGUGGUGGAGUGGAGGCAAGGGUGAUGUCUUCCCUGUGAACAUUCAACAGCUGGCAGCUAGUCGAGUUUGUGCGAGGCAGCUCUACGUCUUGCACGAAAUCUGCACGUCCGCUGCUCCGCGUGAAGAGGGACUGCAUUCUACAGGAUUCUCACAAGGGUCUUGUGCAGCUGACGCCGGAGGUGCUCAGGCUCUGGUUUUGGAGUUUGUGGGCGAAUCAAGACAUGAUAUGGGUGGAUUAAGACGAGAGUGGUUUCACCUUGUGUUGCGGGAAAUUGGGGAGAAGCUGUUUACCACAGUUGGGGAUGAUCGCUACCAGCCGUAUCCAAGCUUGCAGGAUUAG